AUGGCCCCUGUCACUCGCAGUGCCAGUCGGAAUGCAGGCAAUCAGCGCCCACUAGCUGCUUAUGUUAACGGUGGGAAAGAUCGCUUUGGUCAAAAGUACGUCGCUAACAUCCGAAAUAGAACUCCACAAGGUCAGCGUUGCCGCGAAGACCAGGUCGAUCAUCUUUGGCAUAGCGCCUACAACCACGCCUUCAUUCGUGGUGAUACCUCGGUCCCUGUGACCUUUCAAAUUGAGAGAGAGCCGUAUCUCGCUCAAAACCGAGAGAAACGUUCGAACAUGGCUGUUGUGAACAUACGCAACAACGCUAUGCACAAAGUUAUCCUUUUUGAGGCUAAACGGCCUGUCGACCGUAGGGGCAAGGAUCCCUUGCCAACUGACCGUGAAUGGAGGAACGUCAGGUCGCAGUUGGAGGAAAACAUGCUCCUGGCACGACGUUCAGACGGGGCUGUUCAGGGUAUGUACGGGAUAACAGCGAUUGGCAUAUGGGCUCGGGCCUACAAGUUGUCAAUUGGCAGUAACCGACUCCGGGAAGCUUACCGGUCCCGGAACGACCAAAAAGCCAUGUUCCACGCGGUAGAUGAUAGUGUAUACGUCCAGGGGCUUCUAAAGCUCUGGGCGUAUGAGAUCAGAAGUGGCCGUAACUAG